GUUAUGACCUACAAGCCAUCGAUCGGUAUUAUCUGUACUCAAAUCUGUUGAACUUGUACCAGACCUGUACUUUUCCAAACACUGCUUGGCAACUGCUUCUGUCACUUGAAACAGAAUUGUAUCUAGCUGGAGUAGCCCUAUCUGAGGCUUGGCCUGCUUGUGGGCACUGGGACUUGGCUAAGAAGUCGAAACACUGAGCAGUGGAGAGGUACCGAAAUAACUGUCAGGUAGAAUAGCACUCAAGUUGAGUGUUAGUAAUCUGAAGACAUUAGGACUGAAAACUUCCAGGACACAGUCAAAUGACCCAGAAUCUAGAUUUCAUGUCAGGUAUUUCCUAGUGCUACAUUUUGUAUUAGAUAACUUGUCAGAUUUUAACCUGAGAUUUAAAAUGUCAUUAGAAAAUACUGUAUCUGAAAUUUUAAAGUCAUGAAAUCCUUCACAUGGAUGUAAAAGUUUCUAGAAGAUUUCCAGAAGACUUUUUUUUAUUUAAAACUAGUCAGCAGGUCAUGUCUUGCAGUCUUGUGAAGGAUAUAGAUAUAGAACUCAUAUACUGUGCAAUUUACUUGUUUAAAAAUGUAAUUUAGUGGAUUUCAGUGUAUUCAUAGGCUGUGUAACUGCUACGUAAAGAUUCCCUACAUUUUCAUGCUCAAAAUAUAACUUGUAGUUUCUUUGAUCUUUAUAGGUAGAGCUUAAUAAAAUUUUUCUACUACCAGCUCCUUAUCACCUGAUACUAAAUGAUAAUGAAAUUCAUUUUAACAGUUUUCUGAUGAACAUAUAAUUUUACCUCAUCGACUAAAUGCAAACUUGUAAAUAAGAUAGGUAUACAUGUUCAUUUUUAUGUAAAGGAUUAAAUCUUGGCUCAGUAUUUGAUUCUGUGGGACAUAUAGCAUCUUUAAUAGUUUUUUCAGAGUUUAUUGAUAAUCUUGAUAUCUUGGUGCUGAGUAUGCCACUUUUAGUAUCCAUAUGCAGUACGAAGUAGCAAAAGGCUUUUUAGGCUUAUUUCAGAAACUUGGAAAUUUUGUUCUAACCUCAAGGAGAAUUUUUUUUUUUUUUAAUCUAUGAGUACACUGGUGCUUUCUUCAGACACACCAGGAGAAGGCAUUGGAUCUCAUUGCAAAUUGUUUUGAGCCACCAUGUGGUUGCCAGGAAUAGAACUCAGUACCUCUGGAAGAAUACUCAACUGCUGAACUUGUUUUUCUUUUUGGUUUGUUUGUUUGUUUUUUGUUUUUGUUUUGUAUUUUAAGGAGGAAUUUUUUAAUCAAUAUUUUGAUUUGUUUUUAUGAAACUGCAGUCAGAACUUGAACAGUUUAAUAGCAACAUCCUAGCACAAUGAUAAUUCCUAGAUACAGUAAUUUGAUAUAAACUAGGAAUGCUGUUAGGAAGUUGUGAAAAGUCUUAAGCCAUUAUGUUGCAAUAAGAACAGAAAACUACAUAUACAACAAAAAUACGGUGGUUCAUAACAUAAAACUCUCAAACCCGAGUUGAGGUGUGUUUUAGGCAGGUUUAUUGGUGUUAUGUGAUGUAAUGGUGUGUAUAGUACAAAGCGCAUGUAUUGUGUGUUUAGAACUAAGUGUAGAGUGACAUUGCAUGAUCAGCAUGGGCAGAUACUGUCAGGAACACCUAGAAUUCAUUAUAUAUUUGAUUUUCUUUUAAGUUUUUGUCAUUCAGGAGCAUUUUGCUGUUAUCACAGUUUUUGGGAUUUCAGCAUUUCAUUUACAUGAUGUCAUGUGUGGUUGCAAUUCAGUUGAAGAAGCAAUGCUUUAUAAAGUGGCCCUUCCUCAUUUACUUUGUAUGUCAGUGUGGAUUACUUAUGUCAGUAUCUUAUUCACCUUUACUUAAGGAAUUUCUAACAGCAAGUAUGAUUGUAGUAUAGGAUAUAUUCUCCCAGCUUACUGCUUCUUGUCUUUCUUCAAGACCACAGAUGUCUUUACUUUUAAGGAUUCUGUUGUUAAUCCAUAUGUGGAAAAAUAGUAGCAAUGAAUAGUACAUUUGCUUGGCCAUCCCUGGGCUAUGUUUCUCACAUCCUCUUCCGGUAAUGGAAGUUCAACCCUUCUUACUCUAAUUAUCUUGUCUUAGUUAGGGUUUUACUGCUGUGAACAGACACCAUGACCAAGACAACUCUUAUAAGGACAACAUUUAAUUGGGGCUGGCUUACAGGUUCAGAGGUUUAGUCCAUAAUCAUCAAGGCAGGAACAUGGCAGCAUCCAGGAAGGCAGCCUGGUUCAAGAGUAGCUGAGAGUUCUAUAUCUUCAUCUGAAGGCUGCUAGCAGAACACUCACUUCCAGGCAGCUAGAAUGAGGGUCCUAAAGCCCACACUCACAGUGGCACACCUAUUUCAGCAUGGCCACACCUUCUAAUAGUGCCACUCUCUGAGCCGAGGAGCAUUUACAAACCAUCAUAUACCUCAAAUUUUGUUCCUGACAUAGUAGUCCAAAAUUUUCUCCCAAGUCUGUUUAUCCUCUUGGCCUUACUUCUCAGCUUGUAGUAGAAGAAGUCCUUAAGUACGUUCUUCAGAGGUAUUUUCUAGUUGAAUAAUAAAGCCCAAGUUGAGUAAUAGAUGCUCACCUCGUUUUCAAAAGCUAGCAGUUGUGAAGAAAGCUAUAGGGCUUGCUUCUGUGUAAACAUUUAGCAUUUCUGUAAUAAAUUAUAAAGUUGUAGAGGGUAAGGACUCUAUUAUAGUGAUAAUAUAUCCUUCCUACCAUUCAUUUUUUUUUUAAUUAUCAAAUUUAUUUGUUAUGAGUGUUUCACCUGCAUGUGUGUCUGAACCACAUGGCUGGUGCCCAUGGAGGCCAGAUGAAAUAGAUCCCCUUGAACUGAAGUUGCAGAUGGUUUUGAGUUAUGGCUGCUGGGAAUUGAACUGGGCCUUCCGUAAGAACAGUCAGACUUAAUGAUGCAGAAAAAAAAUACAAAGAUAUACAAGAUAAACUAGAAAAAAUUAGUGAAGAGACAAAUGCACGAGCACCAGAAUGUAUGGCCUUGAAAACAGAUGUCAUUGCAAGAACAAGAGCCUUUAAUGAUGCUGAGGUUUUAUAUAAUCGUUCCCUAAAUGAAUAUAAAGCAUUAAAAAAAGAUGGUGAACAGCUUUGUAAAAGAAUUGAAGAGCUGAAGAAAAGUACCGACCAGUCAUUAGAACCAGAGCGAUUGGAAAGGCAAAAAAGGAUCUGCUGGUUAAAAGAGAAAGUAAAGGCCUUACAGGAUCAGGAAAAUACAGUCAAUCAGGAGGUUGAACAGUUCGAGCAAGCCAUAGAAAAGGACAAACAAGAACACGUCCGAAUUAAGAGAGAAGAUGUAGAAGUGAGACAUACACUCAGCUAUAAUCAGAGACAAUUGAAAGAACUGAAAGAUAGUAAAACUGAUCGACUAAAAAGAUUUGGUCCUCAUGUUCCAGCUCUUCUGGAAGCAAUAGAUGAUGCUUACAGACGGAGACAGUUUACCCAUAAACCUAUUGGCCCUUUAGGUGCUUGCAUUCAUCUACGGGACCCUGAACUUGCAUUGGCCAUUGAGUCUUGCUUAAAAGGACUUCUGCAAGCCUAUUGCUGCCAUAAUCAUGCUGAUGAAAGAGUACUUCAGUCAUUGAUGAAAAAGUUUUAUCCACCAGGGACCUCUCGACCACAGAUAAUCGUUUCGGAAUUUCGGAAUGAGGUAUAUGAUGUGAGACUCAGAGCUGCUUACCAUCCAGAGUUUCCAACUGUUCUGACAGCUUUAGAAAUAGACAAUGCUGUUGUUGCAAACAGUCUGAUUGACAUGCGGAGCAUAGAGACAGUGCUGCUGAUCAAAAAUAAUUCUGUAGCUCGUGCAGUCAUGCAGUCCCAAAAGCCACCCAAAAAUUGUAGAGAAGCUUUUACUGCUGACGGUGAUCAAGUUUUUGCAGGACGUUAUUAUUCAUCUGAAAGUACAAGACCCAAGUUUCUAAGCAGAGAUGUGGAUUCUGAAAUAAGUGACUUGGAAACUGAGAUUGAAAAUAAAAAGGGCCACAUAAUGAACCUUCAGCACCGUCUGUCUGCUCUUGAGAAGGAUAUUAAACGCAAUGAAGAACUUCUUAAAAGGUGCCAACUACAUUAUAAAGAAAUAAAGAUGAAAAUAAGAAAAAAUAUUUCUGAAAUUCGGGAACUUGAGAACAUAGAAGAACACCAAUCUGUAGAUAUUGCAACCUUGGAAGAUGAAGCGGAGGAAAAUAAAAUAAAAAUGCAAAUGGUGGAGAAAAAUAUGGAGCAACAAAAAGAAAACAUGGAGAAUCUUAAAACUCUAAAAAUUGAAGCAGAAAACAAGUAUGAUACAAUUAAAUUGAAGAUUAAUCAGCUAUCAGAGCUAGCAGAUCCACUUAAGGAUGAAUUAAAUCUUGCUGACUCUGAAGUGGAUAGCCAGAAACGGGGAAAGCAGCAUUAUGAAGAUAAACAGAAAGAACAUAUGGAUACCCUAAAUAAAAAGAGAAGAGAGCUUGACAUGAAGGAAAAGGAGCUACAGGAGAAAAUGUCGCAAGCAAGACAGAUCUGCCCAGAACGCAUAGAAGUAAAAAAAUCUGCAUCAAUUCUAGACAAAGAAAUUAAUCGAUUAAGACAAAAAAUUCAGGCAGAACAUGCUAGUCAUGGAGAUCGGGAAGAAAUAAUGAAGCAGUACCAGGAAGCAAGAGAAACCUAUCUUGAUCUGGAUAGUAAAGUAAGGACUUUAAGAAGGUUCAUUAAAUUACUUGAAGAAAUAAUGACCCAUAGGUACAAAACAUACCAACAAUUUAGAAGGUGUCUGACACUACGAUGCAAGUUAUACUUUGACAACUUAUUAUCUCAGCGUGCUUAUUGUGGAAAAAUGAAUUUUGACCACAAGAAUGAAACUCUUAGUAUAUCAGUUCAGCCCGGAGAGGGAAACAAAGCCUCCUUCAAUGACAUGCGUGCUUUGUCCGGCGGCGAGCGCUCUUUUUCCACAGUGUGCUUCAUUCUUUCCCUGUGGUCCAUUGCUGAAUCACCUUUCAGAUGCCUGGAUGAGUUUGAUGUCUACAUGGAUAUGGUUAAUAGGAGAAUUGCGAUGGACAUGAUCCUUAAGAUGGCAGAUUCCCAACGUUUUAGACAGUUUAUCUUGCUUACCCCUCAAAGCAUGAGCUCACUUCCUUCAAGUAAACUGAUUCGAAUUCUUCGAAUGUCUGACCCUGAAAGAGGGCAAACCACCUUGCCCUUCCGACCUGUGACUCAAGAAGAAGAUGACAGUGCAAGCUGACAGCUUAGUGCCUUGCCCUCGUACUGAAAGAUUGUGAGGGGAAUAAUCUGGACUGGUGGAUGAAGUAAAGUGGGAUGAGAGGUACUCUGAAAUAAAGAAGCUCCUUUAAUAUGACCUAUCAAAAGUGUAAAUAAGCCUAGAAAACCAGCUGCUGCCAAGAGUUUAAAAUUAUGAUUGCUUUUCCUUGUGAAAAUCAGUUUCAUAAUACUGGUUUUAAAUCUUUUUCUGUUUGUUUGCUUUGGAGUUUCUGUAUUUCGUUUGUUGUUUUUACCAUCUACUUUUAUAAAUUUUUUCAGGAGUAAAAUUUUGUACAUAAUGCACAUGUACAUAUCUGUUCAGUUUGGGUUCAUUUCUAUAGUAUUUUGUAAGAAUUUAAAUAAAAGUCUGAGCACCUGAUGUUUAGUUUUGCGUUUCCAGGUUGUUACAGCCUAGUUUUAAAACUUAGCAAAUGUCUGUGGAAAGAGCAGUCUCAGUAUGGGACAGGGGGAUGCAGUGAAGGAGAACUGGUUAGGCCGGACGCACUGAUGUUUACAUGUAGAGGUCUGCAUAAGGCUGCUGGUACUGCAGAAUCUCUACUUACCAUUGUUUUUAACCCUGGGGUACAACCAUAGAUUUGGAUACAGUUUUUAAUCACUAUACUUAAUCAGUUAUAAGAUGGUCUUCACUAGACACUUUUAUGCAGCCCUGAAGCACUGCCAGUUGUGACAAGUACUUUCUUUCUCCUUUGUCCUUUAACUAUUCUCCAUUCAAGAAAGAACGGGCCAUGGCUGUGACACACUUUCCACUUUGACCUGUAGCAGUGACCAAGUUGUAAAAGCCCUCAGCUUUUGGUGGUGUACCACUAGGGUUUUAGAUGCAAGAUUUCAAGUUCUAGACCUGCCUGGGCUAUAGAGUGAAUUCAAGGCCAGCCUGGACAGCUUAGACCCUGUCUCAAAAUGAAAGAGAAAUCGAGGCCUGAAAAUACAGCCUAGUGGUAGAGCAGGGCUGAAAAAGCCAGAGGAUAAGUGCCUGCGGUCAGAGCCAGUAGCUGCGUGAGGCAAAAUCUACACCUCAUGACCUCAUGGGAGAUGGUAUAAGUCACACCCUGAAUUUAGAGAUAUUAAAAUGUUUCUGUAAUGAUCAGUUUACAGUAAAAUUUGGUAUUUGUGAUUUUUUUUUUUUUUUAAAGAAAACAGUGUAUUUGUGCCUGUGUUGUUUCAUACUAGGUUUAGGGCUAACCUUUAAAUUUUGACUAGCAGCAAGAAGCAUCCCUUUAUUACCAGCAAUAAAUUAGAAUACAUAUUUAUGAACUUGAAAAGAAAGUAUUUUAAGAAAAGUACUAUUUUUCAAAGCAAGUAUAAUUCUAUAAUUAUUAAUUAAAACUGAGUUUUGUUUUGGUGGGGGAAGAGAAUGUAUUCUUAGAAUACAAUAGUUGCCAAAAAUCCAAAAGCAUUCUAGUCUAAGAACAUAGAAAGAAGAAAACUAAUGUUUUAAACUUUCCCCACCAACAAUAAGCAGUAUAACUCAUUUGUAUCAGAACUAUUUUAACAUACAUACAUUUUUUUCAAAUAAAUAAAAAUGAAGUGAGACCAGUGCAUUAAUUUUAAUUAGCUCAGGAGUUUCGAUGUUUUGAGGUUUUGUGGUAGUUUUAAAUGUGCUUCUACAGAAUGAGAAACGCAGCCCUCAGAUCCUGAGCGUCUCCUGCUGAAGACACUACAUUGAUUUGGCCUCAGAAAGCUUUGGUUUCAAUCAUAAGUGAAGUCUUCAUCUAGUGUUCUAAGGAGUAAUAACAUCCAUUGGAAAACAAGAAAAAACUAUUGUUCUUUUAAAGUAUGUGUAACUUCCAAAAAUAAAACUUAAACUGUA